AUGGCAUAUGAAACUCAUAUCCUGGCCAAACAACAGCUUGUUGAUGAGGUGCCCAAGCGCUUCAAAGGCAUCAAGUUCGGCAUACAGUCUAACCAAGACCUCACAAAUCAAGCUGUUGUUGAGGUCUCAAACAGGUUGCUUUACGAUAUUCAGAAUGGUCGCGCUCCUUAUGCACAUGGUCCACUCGAUCCUCGGCUGGGAACUUCAAACAAGUUCGGAAAAUGCUCUACAUGUCACGAGACUCUAAAGAAUUGCAAUGGGCAUUUUGGCUAUGUUAAUCUACCGCUGCCAGCGUUUCAUAUCGGAUACUUGAGGUUUAUUGUGACCAUUUUGCAAAACAUUUGCAAAACCUGUAGUCAUGUGUUACUUCAAGACAAUGAUCGACAAACCUUUCUCAAAGAACUACGACGCCCUCAUCUCGAUAACCUUCGCCGAAGCCAGAUUUGCAAGAGGAUAAACGAGCACUGCCGCAAGGUCAAGAGUUGUCCUCAUUGUACCUCCAUCAACGGACAGGUUCGUAAAAUCGGCGUGCUUAAACUUACACAUGACAAGUUCUCGUCCUACAAUAAGUCCACUUCUGUGAAAAAGGUACCACCGGUAGCCAAGACCCAAUUUGACGAAUCGUUUGCCACGGCUCGUAACGGCAACCCGGAACUUUCUAAGCAUUUACAUAAAGCUGUAGAAGACCUUAAUCCACUUAGGGUGCUUGGGCUCUUUCAGCGUAUUGGGUCGGUCGAUUGUGAACUGCUCGGAUUAAACCCUUCAGAGGGCCGGCCUGAGAUGUUUAUCUGGCAGUAUCUCCCAGCUCCUCCUGUCUGCAUAAGGCCCUCCAUCGCCCAAGACAAUGCCAGCAACGAGGAUGACCUGACUACAAAGCUAGCUGAUAUUAUAUGGGUUAGUGGCAUGAUUCGGUCCGCAUUACAAAAGGGUUCCCCAAUUCAGACUAUUAUGGAGCAGUGGGAAUACUUGCAAACCCAAGUCGCUAUAUAUAUUAAUAGCGAUGUCCCCGGUUUACAACAACCUGGAUUUGGGAAGCCAAUCAGGGGGAUUUGUCAACGUCUAAAGGGUAAGCAAGGGCGAUUCCGUGGAAAUCUCUCCGGCAAACGUGUUGACUUUUCUGGUCGAACCGUCAUCUCGCCCGACCCCAAUCUUGGCAUUGAUGAAGUGGCGGUGCCUCAACUAGUUGCCAAGAACCUUACAUACCCGGAAAGGGCACAGCGGCAAAAUAUCGAGAAACUGCGGCGGUGCAUCAGAAAUGGUCCGAACGUCUGGCCCGGUGCCCAAUGCGUUCUGAAAAUGAGAGAGGGGGGGUACAAGAUAUCUCUCAAAUUCGCUGAUACUGAGCUAAUCGCCAAUAAGCUAUGCAUCGGAGAUGUUGUCGAGCGUCACAUUGAGGAUGGCGACAUCGUUUUGUUUAACCGGCAGCCAUCACUACACAAGCUGAGCAUUAUGAGUCAUUUCGUCAAGGUCCGACCUUGGAGAACGUUCCGACUUAACGAAUGCGUUUGCAAUCCAUAUAACGCCGAUUUUGACGGCGACGAGAUGAAUCUGCAUGUCCCACAAACAGAAGAAGCGCGUACUGAAGCGAUGAGUCUUAUGGGGGUUAAGCAUAACCUAAUCACUCCAAAAAGUGGUGAGCCUAUUAUUGCUGCUACUCAGGACUUUAUUACCGCCGCGUAUCUACUUAGUUAUAAGGACCGCUUCUUUGACCGGAAGACAUUUACGACAAUUUGCAUACACAUGUUGGACGGAGGGACUCAGCUAGACCUUCCGCCACCAGCAAUUAUCGUGCCAAAGACGUUAUGGACCGGCAAGCAGAUAUUCAACGUCUUAAUGCGGCCUAACAAUCGAUCACCAGUUAUGGUCAAUCUCGAUGCUAGAUGCAAAAGUUUUGUGACCCGGCCAGGCCAGUGUCCCGACAUGGACCCUAAUGACGGCUGGCUCGUGGUACGGAAUUCUCAAGUAAUGUGUGGCCAAAUGGAUAAGUCCACCGUGGGUUCUGGGAAAAAAGACAGCAUCUUUUAUGUCAUUCUCCGAGACUAUGGUCCAGACGAGGCUGUUAGUGCUAUGAAUCGCCUGGCGAAGCUGUGCGCACGGUAUCUAACAAACCGAGGGUUUUCCAUCGGCGUCGGCGAUGUGUACCCAACCGCGAGCCUCAGGAAAGAAAUCGACCAUCUAGUCUCGACUGCAUAUAGGAAAUGCGACAAUAUAAUUGCCACAUUUCAGACCGGUAGUCUAGAGAAGGCUCCUGGGUGUGACAAGGAACAAACCUUGGAGAAUUCUAUAUCCGGUGUCCUUAGCAAAGUCCGACAACAGGCCGGUGAGCAUUGCAUCAACACGCUAAGCCGCCAUAACGCGCCAUUAAUCAUGGCCAAGUCAGGGUCUAAGGGCUCUGAUAUCAAUGUGGCUCAGAUGGUUUCUCUUGUUGGCCAACAGAUUAUAGGCGGCCAACGCGUACCUGACGGCUUCCAGGAUCGAAGCCUACCACACUUUCAUAAGAAUGCUCGUCAGCCUCCCUCAAAGGGAUUUGUGAAAAACAGCUUCUAUUCCGGGCUUCUGCCUACUGAAUUUUUAUUUCACGCCAUCUCGGGCCGCGAGGGACUAGUUGACACGGCGGUGAAAACCGCAGAGACGGGAUACAUGUCACGGAGGCUCAUGAAGUCUCUAGAAGAUCUCUCGGUUAAAUAUGAUAAUACCGUUCGCACAUCCGGCGGCAAUAUUGUACAGUUUCAGUUUGGCGCGGAUAACCUUGAUCCCGCGGAUAUGGAGGGCGCCGGUACACCAGUCCAAUUCCACCGGACCUGGACUCACGCUGAAAGUCUCACUCGAGAUGAUGACGAACCUUCAUUGAUACCGCACGAGAUUGGUAUAAUAUGCGAUUCUAUGCUAGAAUCAUAUCGCAGCCGCUAUGUACGUAAAGGUCUGCUGCAUAAUGAAGAAUUAGAUUAUGAAGACGACAGUGACUACGGCAUUGACGAGCAUGAAAGCGGGCGAAAAUUCCUCAAAUCAAUAAAAAGCUACAUCGAUGGCUUGGCCUCGAGAUUGCGCAAAGUGCGCGAAAUAGCCGGUUACCAAGGCAAUACACCAAGUAGGGAAACGGCUCAAGAUCACGUCGAUAGAACGGCAAAAGUGGCGGCGACAACCCUCAGGCUCUUCAUCAGACUUUGCCUGGACAAGUUUACCAAGGCUCAUGUCGAGCCUGGUCAUCCGGUUGGCGCUGUUGGUGCUCAAUCGAUCGGCGAGCCAGGAACCCAGAUGACAUUAAAGACGUUUCACUUUGCCGGCGUGGCUGGGAUGAGCAUUACCCAGGGCGUGCCCCGAAUUAAUGAGAUUAUCAAUGCGUCGAAAGCUAUCAGCACUCCGGUCAUCACCUGCCCCCUACUAAAUAAGUGGCAGAUUGAGGCGGCAAAGGUUGUCAAAGCACGCAUUGAGAAGACAUACAUAUCCGAUAUCCUUUGCUUUAUUGAGGUUGAGUGGGGUUCCCAAAGUGGUCAUAUUGUGAUGCAAGUCGAUACCGACACGCUUGCAAAUAUGCAAGCGGGAGUUGGUGUCUUUAACGUGGCACAAGCUAUUUGCGAGCAACGAAAGCUGAAGGUCCGGCCGGAGGAUAUCACCGUUGAUAAGGACAUUAUCUUUGUUCGUAUCAGGGAAACCGAUGAUUUACCAUCACGAAGCAAAAACAAGUCGGCGGCAGUUGGGUCCAGAGACAUGAUGCUCAGGGCCAACUUUCUUCGUCGGACACUUCCGUCCGUGCCCAUCUCUGGCUACCCAGACGCAACACGAGCCUUGAUCGAGACCACCGAGGAAAACACGUACAGGGUCUUGGUGGAGGGCUAUGGCCUUCGGGCGUGCAUGGCCACAGAAGGUGUUGUCGGGACGCAGGUCCGGACGAACAGUGUGAUGGAAUGCGGGCAGGUCCUGGGCAUUGAAGCGGCCAGGACGACGAUUGCGAAUGAAAUUGCCGAGGUGAUGGGGUAUAUGGGCAUUGAUCCGCGGCAUAUGCAGUUGCUGGCUGACGUGAUGACUUACAAGGGCGAGGUUCUUGGCAUCACACGGUUUGGCUUGUCGAAAACGAGGGAUAGCGUGCUACACUUGGCAUCAUUUGAGAAAACAGCCGAUGAUUUGUUUGACGCGGUUGCCGGCAUGAAAAUGGACCGCAUUGAGGGAGUCUCGGAGUCCAUUAUCUUGGGGCAAACAAUGAGUGUUGGAACUGGUGGGCUUGACGUUGUUCGCUACUUGGGUCUUCGGCCAGGCGAUCUUUGCGAGAAACCGACCCUUUUUGAGGACUCGUGGAGGGCAGAACAAAGGCGGAGAAGGAACCGUGCGGUUGCUUUGUUGCAAGGUUGA